CCAAAAAAAAGUGGUAAACGAGUGCGCCGCUAUUUUCUUUAUAUUUAGAGGUAAUUACGAAAAAUCGGAUUAUAUCAAGUGGCACGAAGCUUAGAACGUUACCCGGAGAAGGGAACCUUCAUUUUAAUCAUCAGCAAUGGUGAAUGUAAUGAAAGGAGUGCUUGUUGAAUGUGACCCUGCAAUGAAACAGUUCCUGCUACAUCUGGACGAAACACAAUCCCUCGGACGCAAGUUUAUCAUUCAAGAUCUAGACGAACGACAUCUCUUCAUCUCGACCGACAUCAUCGAAACACUGCAAGCUCGGGUGGACGAUUUGAUGGACCGUAUCAGUGUUUCCCUGCACGAAAAGGAAGCAUAA